CCCGUGGCAUUCCCUUGAAUUUCCUAUUGGCCUUCUAAAGUUAACAAGUUUUUGUUAUCUGCCCAAGAUGAUGGGUUAUGUGCAAAGUUGAAGUGCAAUCAGUUUUAAAGCACACUGGUCUUCCUCUGAUUGAAUCUGGCAAUGUGCAUAACAGGACGACAACCCCACAUAUAUGAACAGUUCUUGGCAGCAGCAAGUACAUGUAUCUAACCUUGGACAUCUAUACUCAUAUGAUGGCUCACAUUUACCAGAAAAGCAGUUCACCCUACUCUAAGGAGAUGAUUACAGCACCUUUUGCUGUUGGGAUAGAACAAGAAGUCCUAGAUGCUGAUAUCUUAUUGCCUUCCAUUCUACCAUUUAAGCAGCUACAGAUGUCAGAGAAGUAUCCAAAAGUGCAUUCAAGGGGAAGACAUUGGAAGCAUUUAAAGCAAAUUCUUCAGGCUGAAAACUAUCAUCUAUAUCCUGCAGAUGAGCCAAAUUAUUUAAAUGUUGAAUCUCCACCUUCCAUGUAUCCUGCAAAGAAGUACUGCGAUAUUUCAGGGUUUGUGGCACCAUAUACAGAUCCUAGAACCAAACUUCGAUAUGCCAAUAUUGAUGUUUUCAAGUCUGUAAGAUACCUUUCCAAUGAUCAUAUUCAAGGAUACUUGGGUCUUAGAAAUGCUGCUGUUGUACUAAAAUAAUUGUUAGUCUAUCUGUACAGUGUAAUGGUGAUUCUUCUCUCUUAAAGUUCUUAAUAGACGCCAUCUUACAAUAAAAUCUAAUAAAUAUUUGGUUAUGCAUUA